UGAUUGUUAUCUUAUUGAACAAAUUGUAGCCCCUAAUAGCAUGGGAAUCCAUCCAUUCACGACUCUACCUUUUUGUAGGUGGAUAAGUGUGCGGUGUGAUUUUUUUCUAUCUGCAUUCAAAAUCAAAACUUGUUUCCCUCUUAAUUAUACCGGCUGUGAUUUUGGGCUUAAAGAUGGGUUGAGGGUCGACGGCUAGACAGUUUAUAGUCAACCAUAGAUAGGCCAUCAUGUCUCGUAGAUUAUGCGCAGUGACUCUUUGUGAUGCUCCUAUUGCACCUGGCGGCAUCGGCGCCCCCAACACUAGUGCCGCAAAUACGCAUUCCCGGUUUCCAGCUCGAGCCCCUCGAUAACACAUACUACCUCAGCAUCCAGCACCCGGAUGGCACUAUCCGCCAGGAGUCUGUGAAGGAGAUUGCUCCGGGGCAGCUGCAAGUCCAGGGUGUGAUUAAUCAGCCAUUCGAAGAGCACGGCACUUCGCUGGUGGUCACCUACCAGGCAGGUGCCAAUGGUUACGUGGCCAAAUAUACUUACGGCAAGGGCCCGCCCACACCGCCGACCCAGCUGCCACAAUUCCUCAGUCCCAAUGCCUUGAAAUCAACAGCUGGCUAGCGGCUACUUAAAAAUAAAACCCUCCAGAAACCAAUUUGUCUAUAGGUUUCAUAAAAGAAUUAACAAGUGUUCUCUUUUCAAAACAAAA